CAGGCGGAGAGUCAGAUCGCAGAGGGGGGGUCCGAUCACCGGUCGUCCACCGUGGGACUAUUCUGUCAGGAAGAAAAAAAAGUGAAGCUUGAAUCUAACGAUGCAAUCCAUAGAGACUAUAUUAACUCUUUAUUUUCGGUCGGACUUGACCGAGCGCUAGAGGAGCAGAGUUGUAGUUUUUUCCCCCUUUUUUUUUUUUUGGUCGUUCUUUACAAGAGCUGUCUGCAGCAGGAACAAAGUUAACAUCUACAGAGCCAGUUCACUGGAUCUCCAGCUUUUUAUUCUCCUCUAUCCUGUCGCCUACAUUAACCACAUCCACGUUUUAUCAUCGUUCAGCCGAGAGAAAGAAAACACCAAAAUGAGAGCUCAGAUCGAGGUCAUCCCCUGUAAGAUCUGUGGGGACAAGUCCUCAGGAAUCCACUAUGGAGUCAUCACAUGUGAAGGGUGCAAGGGUUUCUUCCGGCGCAGCCAGCAGAACAAUGCCAUGUACUCUUGUUCCCGCCAGAGGAACUGCCUGAUCGACCGAACUAACCGCAACCGCUGCCAGCACUGUCGCCUACAGAAGUGUCUGGCUUUGGGCAUGAGCAGAGAUGCGGUCAAAUUUGGUCGUAUGUCCAAGAAGCAGCGUGACAGCCUAUACGCCGAAGUGCAAAAGCAUCAAAAGUCCCAGGAGUGUGUGGGCUCCGCUGGCGGGGGCACCACUGCUCUGUCCAUACCCAAGGAGGACGGCGUCUGUGGCGGUGGCGGAGAGGAUAGUGAAGAGGGUCUGAGCCGGUCCUACAGCAGCGGGGCCUCCAGCUCCACCCUCAGCGAUCUGGAUGACAUCGCAGCGCUGCCCGACCUGUUUGACCUGCCGCUGACCCCCGACGAGGCCAGCGAGUACUGCAGUCUGGAGCUGCUCGGCGGUGGAGCCAGCACCGGGAACACCUCCAACUCGUCGCCAGCUUCUUCCUCGUCGUCGUCUUUGUCCAAUCAGAAUUCCCCGCAGCAGACUAUGCUGGACGGGGCAGACGCCACCGGGAUCCAGCUCUUGCAUACACACUCUCUCACGCAUCCGCUGCUGGAACACACACAUGCACUGCUGGACCAUCUGCCUGAUGACUGCUCAAUAACAGACCUUGAGCGCAUCACUCAGAGUAUUCUCAAGUCUCACUUGGAAACGUGUCAGUACAGCGCUGAGGACAUGAAAAGAUUCACCUGGGCACAAUAUACACCUGAGGAAACGCGUUCUUUUCAAAACAAGUCAGCUGAGUGGAUGUGGCAGCAGUGUGCACACCACAUUACCAAUGCCGUUCAGUAUGUGGUGGAGUUUGCCAAACGCAUCGCUGGCUUCAUGGACCUGUGCCAGAAUGAUCAGAUUAUAUUGCUGAAAGCAGGCUGUCUGGAGGUCCUGCUGAUACGCAUGUGCCGAGCUUUCAACGUCAACAACAGCACCAUUUUCUUCAAUGGAAAGUUUGCCCUGGCUCAGUUCUUCAAAGCACUUGGUUGUGAUGACCUGGUCAGUGCAGUGUUUGACCUGGGAAAAGGACUCUGCCGUCUACAGCUAUCUGAUGAAGAGAUGGCCCUGUUAAGCGCUGUCGUUCUUCUUUCUCCAGAUCGGCCCUGGCUAACAGAAGGCCAGAAGAUUCAGAAGCUCCAGGAGAAGGUCUACCUGGCUCUGCAGCACAGUCUACACAAGAGUGGAGCUUCAGACGAGAAACUGGACAAGAUGGUGUCCAAGCUGCCCAUAAUGAAGUCUAUCUGUAACCUCCACAUAGAUAAACUGGAGUUUUUCCGUUUGGUCCACCCAGAGACCGCCUACAGUUUCCCACCGCUGUACCGGGAAGUGUUUGGCAGCGAGAUGUCUCUGCCGGACUCCACCAACCGCUAGACAGACAGAUAGAAAAACAAAGACAGAUGGAGAGUGUAUUGAGAAGUAGGGAAGCAAAAAGGAGAGACAGAGAAGGACAGAGAUGUUGAAGCGCAACAACCAGCAGUUAAGAGACAAUCCAAGACUUUAAAUACUCCGUCUCCCAUGAUCCCAAAGAAGUCCUCCACUUUCCCAGCAGGCAAAGCACCUUACACUACAGACCACACAUGAUCAUGGUCCUCUGCAUAUUGUAGCAUUAACAACAAGUGGGCAUCUUAAUAAUGACAGCCCACUAGACCUGAGACAGCUCCAGGCUCCAACACUUGUUUAACAUCAUAUCCAGUGUGGAUCACCCAACCAGUCAUGAAUGUACCUCAUCGAUAAGCACCAGUGCACAAGCCAGAACCCAACAACAGUGAAUGUACAAACCUGCCAAUCUUAGACAGAGUUUUACACAAAGUAUUAGAAUGAAGUCGUGUUGAUCCACAAAUCUCACUAUUAACACAGCACUCAUAAAUACAUCUCAGUAUGAAACGCCUGCGUAUUCAUACAGACAAUACCCUUGUACUGACCAUCACUUAGGGACCAAUGAGUCACCGUCUCUGAUAUGAAACACACAGAUAUGACAUGACUCAUGGCUUAGGCCGACCUCUUUAAUCAGCUCAGAACCAGUUUUCACACACAGUUAGACAGUGUUCGGUGCUGCCUUUUUGUAGGCUUUUGUAAUGCAAUGAGAAACCUCAGUCCCAAACACCCCUUUCCUUGUAAAUGCCACUUAGAGACAGGACAAGAUAAAAUUAUCUUUAAUUUAUAUACACAUUUAUAAACAAAUAUUUUAAAUAAGAAUGUAAAUAGAUGACUAUAUAAGUAUAUGGAGAGAGUUGGAAUGUGUGAGUUCAGUUAAAAGAGAGAGGGAGAGAAAAGUGUGGAGUAAGAUUUAGAGAAAAGAUGAAUAUUUCAGGAAAGCUGAUCGUUUUCUGGACUACUUCCUCUCCUGGAAGUUCUCUCAGGUUUCCAUUGCAACAUCCCCUCUUGCACUGACGGCAAAACCCAGCUGGGUUAGGGGAGGUCAUAAUGCAAGUGACGGGAUGGACACUUGUUGCAGAUGCGACACAGCGGGGGGGGGCGUGCACCUAAACUAAGGUGUGAAAAACAUUGCAUUUAAACUGAGAGUUUGCAGUUUGCGCUUUUGCGCCCUGCCUAAAGAGACAAGACACAAGGACACUAAGGAGAAGAGAAAGCAAGGCAAAAGAUGACUUCAUGAACUGUAUAAUAAAAAUGGGAUACACAGGGUCUCCCCACCUGUUUCUAAUCAGCAGUCAGUACAGUCGGUGUAGUGUAAUUGUCUUUCACCCACAAUGUUUCAGUUGGUUAAAGGCUGCAGAGAUGAUGAUCCAUAAUAUGUAUCAUAAACCCUCCUUGCUGGUUGAAACAACUGUAUUAUUUUGUACAUUUGCUGUUCCUCUCUCCUUUAGUCUCUAACCUAACACUUGUCCAUACACCAAGCACUUACACUUUCCUCUCCCUCACUGGACACUAGUCUAAGGGCAGACAGAGCUACCAGCUGCCCCCUGAGUUGGGCCUCAAUGCCAGUAAGACUUUAAAGUACAUCUGUUUUAUUUUGUUUGUUUUUUAUUCCAUAUCAGACACACAAGGUCACCCAUAGCUGUUUACAUGUUUCAUGUACAUAAAUAACACUAUCUGAAGGUUGUUACAUUGAGAUGAUGUUGAUGAUGAUAAUGUCUUACUCGGGGCGAUGUGAAGCUCUUGAGCAGAGUCUGCGGACCUUCUGUCUACCACUCAGGGAGCUAGCUGUGGUCUCUUGUCUCUUUUAUUACCAGAGUCGUCUUUUAGCCUCGUGCUCCUCACACCUUUGCACCUAAGAUGAGACCCAUAACCAUAGUCACUGUGGACGUAAGUUCUAUUUUUGUGAAUGUCACUCACAAAGUGUCAAAGCCCUUCUCUUUUGUCCUAAUAAAAUCCAAUUUAAAAGACAUAGGAGUUUAAAAAAAACAUCAGGUAGCAUUAAACAUCAAUUCAUUAUUAGGGUUUAAUGUUUCUCUUUGCUGUGAUUUAUUUGUCAGUCUUUUAUCCACCUUUUUCUUUGUGUCUCCACUUUUGUCUUGUAAAGUCAGUGAUCUAUUUUUUUUAAUUGAAGAAAGACUAGGUACAAACAAAAAAAUAAUAGUUUGUCUCCCUUCUCUUUCCCUGUAUGACAAAAUGUACAAGAGGUAUAUUACUAGUCCAAGAGUAACUGUGUUACACAGCUCGAUAUAUAUUGUUGUCCAAUGGGAUACAUUAUAUGUGGUUUUAAGAAUGUAAUAAAUGGUUUCUUUUUCUUUUGAA